AAACAUGCUGACAGUCUCGCGUACACUCACUCACUCUCUCAGCUCAUUGAGUGCCUUUUCAUUCUUUGGCACUCAGCAACAGCCUCUCUCCAUCACACACACACAUUCACUUACACACCCUGUGGACAAUCCUGCAGUUUGCGGCUGCAGUUCUCUGGACAUGCCGGACCGUCUGCUCUGAGUGUCCCUUUAAUCAGAUCACAAGGUCGUGGGGUUUCCGUGUGGAUCCAGACUUAGCAAUUGCCACAGACGGAGCUGGACAAGCCGGCACAGAGAGAAGGAAAAGGACAGUCUCAUCCAUAGGGGGACAAGCACAAGAAGUGGAAAGCACAAGACUCUCGUAGACGUUCAGCUAUGCAUAUCACCACGCUUUUAUUUGUCCUCACUGGGGUGCUCCUGUACUUAGUGAUGGGGGCUUUGGUGUUCAAUGCCCUGGAGGCCCCAAACGAGGAAAGUCACCACGACCAGCUGCAAACCACCCGUCAAGAGUUCCUGGGCAACUACACAUGUGUAGAUCCUGACCGUCUAGAGAAUCUGAUAGCUACGGUGGCAAAGGCUAUCAGUGUUGGAAUUGAUCCCAACAAUUCCACCAAUGCCACGUUCAGCACCAGUUGGGACCUGGCCAGCGCUUUUUUCUUCUGUGGCACCAUAGUCACCACCAUCGGUUAUGGGAACAUCUCUCCAAAGACAACGUGGGGUCAGUUCUUCUGUAUCUGGUAUACACUGGUGGGCAUUCCCUUGUUUGGGUUUCUGUUGGGUGCCGCUGGAGACCAUCUGGGGACAUCACUGAGGAACGCCAUUGCUAAAGUUGAAGCUCUUUUAUGGAAGUGGAAGGUGAGCCCAACCAUUGUGCGCGUCAUCACCGCUGUGCUCUCCAUCCUGCUGGGCUGUGUUCUCUUCAUCUUUGUGCCAAUUUUAGUCUUCCAGAAGGUUGAAAAUUGGAGUCUGCUAGAAUCAGCCUACUUUGUGGUCAUCACCCUCACAACUGUGGGCUUUGGAGACUAUGUUGCAGGUGAUGGCGAAGCAGGUGAACAUCAUUGGUACAAGCCUCUGGUGUGGUUCUGGGUUUUGUUUGGAUUGGCCUACUUUGUGUCCAUUCUUUCCAUGAUCGGGAACUGGAUUCUGGUUCUUACCAAAAAGACCCGCGCUGAGCCUUUCCAUUUCUCCUGCCCUACUUUCUGCUCUCAGAUGGAGCAGAUGCGAGCACACGCCACAGACUGGACUCAGAACAUCCAGAACAUGUCUGUGGAUUUCCGUAUGUCCGGAAAACUCGAAGAUCCUUUCAAGCGCAGCAGGCGAAAGCGGCGUCACAGGCGCCACAAACGCAGCGGCAGUCAGGGUGAAGUCGGAGAGGACGGGAGAGAGGAGAACGAAUCUGAAUCUGAAUCUGAAUCUGAAUCUGGCUCCUACUCGGGUUCAUCGGAUGAGUCGGAAGGCAGCUCUCAGUCAAAGUCGGAGGUGACCCAGACAGAACGGAUCCCAGUGGGAGAGGUCGGCAGUGGCGGUGGUGAAAAAGAUUUAGAGAAAGAGGAAAAGCUCCACACCAUACCCAAAGAUCCCGUCCUCUCCCAGCCAUUGGAUUACUUUGGGGAAAAUCUUGCGUACAUUGACGAGUCCUCAGAUGCAGUGAGUGGGAAGAUCCACCUCGACCCCCUGCUGGAUGUACCAGAAACGAACCCAGCUUCAAAUGACAGGCCCAAAAGGAGACGUCAGAGGAGACACUUGAGAAGGGAUCAACAGAAACCCAAGACCCCUCAAACCAAUCCAAAUGAACCAGAAAAUAAAGCGCCAAACGGAGACAUUGAGCAGAAAGACCCUCCUACACCAAAGCUGUGAGUGUCCAUGUGUUUAUGGGGUUUGUAGUUCCUCAAAAAAGCUCUUUGGAAUAAAGUUUUGCAACUGCUAGCUUUAGGAUAUGCUGUGUUCCACUUUGAAGGCACCUGGCGUUAUUCUCAGAUUU